AGCUCUGAGGAAGACAGCGGAGGUUUUCCGGCUGGGACCCAAAAUGCUGGCCGUCCUGCCGGCGCUGCUGCUGCUGCUGCUCAGCUCCAGGCCGGCCUGCGGCGUCUUCCAGAAGCUUUACUGCAGCUUCUCAGACAGCUGCGACUGCGACUUCAAGCCCAGCGUCAGAGACUUGGAGUGGGAUCUGUACAAGAACGUCUUCGGUCAGCACCUGGCUCAGGACCUGGUCUCGGAAGAAGUUUCCAGCUUUCUCCUCAAUAAGAGCCCGGAUCGGCCCCUGGUUCUGUCCUUCCACGGCUCCUCUGGGACCGGGAAGACGCUGGUCAGCACCAUGCUGGGGAACCACCUGUACGGCUCGGCCAUGAGCAGCCCCUUCGUCCACCAGUUCGUCCCCACGCUCCACUUCCCCUCAGCCGAGCUCGUCGCUCAGUACCGGGAGGAGCUGAAGAGCUGGGUGAAGGGAAACCUGACGGCCUGCGCGCGCUCCGUCUUCAUUUUUGAUGAGAUGGAGAAGAUGCCUGCAGGCCUGAUCGACGUCCUGGAGCCGUUCCUGGGUCCGUCACACGUUGUGUUUCGCACCAACUACAGGAAGGCCAUCUACGUCUUCAUAAGCACCGCAGGACAGGAGGCGAUACACCGGCUGGUUCUGGAGAACCGACUGGCUGGACGGGACAGAGACGAGAUCAAAGCGUCUGACCUGCAGGAAGUCGUCCAGCAGUCGGUUUACAGCAACAAAACCAGUGGACUCUACCUGUCCAGCAUCAUCCAGCAGAAUCUCAUCACUCGCUUCGUCCCCUUCCUGCCGCUGACCCGGACCCACGUGGAGCGCUGCGUCCGCGCGCAGCUCUGCCAGCGCGGCGACUGUAACCGUGACGACGUGGUGGAGGCGGUGGGAGGAGACAUGACCUAUGACCCCGCAGAGGGACACUACUUCUCCACCACGGGAUGCAAGACGGUCGCUGCAAAGAUCAGCUUCUUCCUGUGAGCCGCAGCCGGACGGUUCUGGUUCCACUGGGAGGAAAACGCCUCCGAUCUGCUUUCAAGAUGCAGGAUUUGAACCGACGACCCGAUGCUCAUGGGUAACCGGAGGGAAAAGCUCCGUAAAGGCAGAAAGCAGCAGGAGGAAACAAACCGCAGCAGCAGAGUUUGGUGGCUGCUGCCUCUGGACCAGGAAUCCUUUCUACCACGGCAAUUUGGGGCGGUUACACAGAAACGGGAGCAAAACUCGGCCAAAAGACUCUGAAGUUUACAGAUCAAUCUGGGAAAUUUCAAAGCUCCAAAAGUCAAAAAUUCACUCGAAAAAAAAUCUGAAAUUUUAACAUUAAUCUCAAAUUUUCUACAGAAAA